AUGUCUGCUUCAUCGAAUAUUGUGCGACGAGCUCUGCUCUAUGUGCCUGCCUCAAGUCCCAAGAUGCUUGCAAAGUCCAGCAGCUUAGCCGUUGACUGCGUCGCAUUCGACCUGGAGGACUCAGUGACCAUCGAUAAGAAGCCCGAGGCGCGAGCGAAUCUACAAAGGUUGUUAGCAAAGCCUGUGGGAGGCAAUAUGAAAGACUGUGCCGUUCGCAUCAACGCUAUCGGGAGCGGUCUCGCAGAAGAGGAUCUAGCUGCUGUGUGCGGAGCUCCGUCGCUUGAUACGCUCGUGAUACCUAAGGUCAACUCAGCCUCAGACCUGCAUUGGGCGGCAGACUUCAUCCAGCAACAUCGUACAGCCAAUUCAGCGGAUGGUAGCGCUCUAAAACCCGUCACCAUCCUCGCUCUUAUCGAAUCCGCCCGCGCUAUCGUAGAUCUCCAGCAGAUUUGUACUGCGACGCCUCUCCUCUCCGGCCUUAUCUUCGCAGCUGAAGACUUUGCACAAGAUCUUUCUCUUACACGCACACCAUCUCUUACAGAAUUUCUCUAUGCCCGCUCCGCCGUUGUGACUGCAGCUCGGGCUCACAACCUACGCUCUACCAUCGACCUCGUAUGUACUGACUUCAGAGGUGAUGAUGGCACGAGAAAGAUGCAGGAGGAGUGUCUGAAUGGUAAGGGCCUCGGCUUCAACGGCAAACAAUGUAUCCAUCCAAGCCAAAUCGACAUUGCGCAGAGAUGCUUUGCUCCAGGCGAAGAGGAGCUUGAGUGGGCUGUGCGAAUACUGAUUGCCGAUGAGAAAGCGACGAAGAUGGGUAAGGGUGCAUGGGCGCUUGACGGGAAAAUGAUCGAUGUGCCUGUCGUUAAAAAAGCCAAAGCACUCGUCGAGAGGGCUGCGGCGUGCGAUAUUGAUGUCGGAGGCAAAAGAAAGCAAUGGGGAACUCAGGAACCUGAGUGA